AUGCCUCCCAAGAAGUCUGCCGCUGCCGCGCCCAAGAAGGCCGUCAGUGCUACCCCCGCCCACACCUCCUACCAAGCCAUGAUUUCGGAUGCUAUUCUUGCUCUCAAGGAGCGUUCCGGUAGCAGCCGCCAAGCCAUCAAGAAGUAUGUCAAGGCCAACAACAAGAUCGGCGACAUCACCCCUGCUCAGUUCAACUCCCACAUCAACCGUGCUAUCCAGCAGGGUGUGGAGAAGGGUCACUUUGACCAGCCCAAGGGUGCCUCUGGUCCGGUGAAGCUCAAGAAGUCGGACAAGAAGGAGGCCCCAAAGAAGGCCUCGCCUCCUGCUACUAAGAAGGAGGCGCCCAAGAAGGCUGCUGCUCCUAAGAAGGUUGCUGAGAAGAAGGCUGCUCCCGCUAAGAAGGCCACCACCACCAAGAAGGCUGCUGCGCCUAAGAAGGCUGCUGCUGUCAAGGCCGCGCCCAAGAAGGCUGUCGCCGCCGCCAAGCCCAAGGCCAACGCCGGCCGUCCUCGCAAAGCCGCCGCCACCUCGGCCCCUGCUGUCGAGGACAAGCCCCCCACCGUCCUGGGCAAGACCAAGUCGGGACGUGUGACCAAGACCAAGGCUCCUCAAUCCAAGCCGGCCGCGAAGAAGGCUGGCGCAAAGAAGGCUGCGCCGGCAAAGAAGGCGACGCCCAAGAAGGCGACCCCGAAGAAGGCCGAGGCUGAUACCAAGGCUUAA